CCGGGGCCGGUAGCGGAGUAGAGGGCGCGCUUGCCCGCGGCAGCCCGGGACCCAACAUGCGCGGCUCGGUGUGUCUGGCGCUGGUCGCGUCGCUCCUGCACGUGUCCCUGCAAGGAGAGUUCCAGAGGAAGCUCUACAAGGAUCUGGUCAAGAACUACAAUCCUUUGGAGAGGCCCGUGGCCAACGACUCGCAACCGCUCACCGUUUACUUCUCCCUGAGCCUUCUGCAGAUCAUGGACGUGGAUGAGAAAAACCAAGUCUUAACAACCAACAUUUGGCUGCAAAUGUCUUGGACAGAUCACUAUUUACAAUGGAACAUGUCAGAGUACCCGGGAGUGAAGACAGUUCGUUUCCCAGAUGGCCAGAUUUGGAAGCCAGACAUUCUCCUCUAUAACAGUGCUGAUGAGCGGUUUGAUGCCACGUUCCACACCAAUGUGUUGGUGAAUUCUUCUGGGCACUGCCAGUACCUCCCUCCAGGCAUAUUCAAGAGCUCCUGCUACAUCGACGUGCGCUGGUUCCCCUUUGACGUGCAGCAGUGCAAGCUGAAGUUCGGGUCCUGGUCUUACGGAGGGUGGUCCUUGGAUCUACAGAUGCAGGAGGCAGACAUCAGUGGCUAUAUCCCAAAUGGAGAAUGGGACCUUGUGGGAAUCCCAGGCAAGCGGAGUGAGAAGUUUUACGAGUGCUGCAAAGAGCCAUACCCCGACGUGACGUUCACGGUCACCAUCCGCCGCAGGACCCUCUACUAUGGUCUCAACCUGCUCAUCCCCUGUGUGCUCAUCUCAGCCCUGGCCCUUCUUGUCUUCUUGCUCCCUGCAGACUCCGGGGAGAAAAUCUCCCUUGGGAUCACAGUUUUGCUCUCCCUGACCGUCUUCAUGCUGCUGGUGGCUGAGAUCAUGCCUGCAACGUCUGACUCAGUCCCCUUGAUAGCCCAGUACUUUGCCAGCACCAUGAUCAUCGUGGGCCUCUCUGUGGUGGUCACGGUGAUUGUGCUGCAGUACCACCACCAUGACCCGGACGGCGGCAAGAUGCCCAAGUGGACCAGAGUCAUCCUCCUGAACUGGUGCGCAUGGUUCCUGCGCAUGAAGAGGCCGGGGGAGGACAGAGUGCGGCCGGCCUGCCAGCACAAGCAACGCCGCUGCAGCCUGGCCAGCGUGGAGAUGAGCGCCGUGGCCGGGCCGCCCGCCGCCAACGGCAACCUGCUCUACAUCGGCUUCCGCGGCCUGGACGGCGUGCACUGCGCCCCGACCCCCGACUCGGGGGUCGUGUGCGGCCGCCUGGCCUGCUCCCCGACGCACGACGAGCACCUCCUGCACGGCGGCGGGCCACCCCCCGAGGGGGACCCGGACCUGGCCAAGAUCCUGGAGGAGGUGCGCUACAUCGCCAACCGCUUCCGCUGCCAGGACGAGAGCGAGGCCGUGUGCAGCGAGUGGAAGUUCGCGGCCUGCGUGGUGGACCGCCUGUGCCUCAUGGCCUUCUCCGUCUUCACCAUCAUCUGCACCAUCGGCAUCCUCAUGUCUGCGCCCAACUUCGUCGAGGCUGUGUCCAAGGACUUCGCUUAACUUGGGCCCGGUCCCCGGCAUGUCGGAAACACACAGAUGGGCGAUGUUGUUGUGCCUCGGGAGAACUCGGGGUGCUGAGCCCUCAGCAGCGUUAAAUCCUAGGGUCCGAUGUACCGUAUCGCUGUCACUCAUACGGCUUACAACUUCCUUGUCACUUUCAGUAAUAGUCUCAGCACGUUUCUGUUUAACCCUCUCACAUGGGCCAUCUGAUACCCUUGGAGCAUCUUUAUGGUCAGCAGUACCACCAAGAGGUCACUUGGCCCGUUGCCUACUGCCUGGAGAGCCCUGCAGAGAGGUCCGGGUAGCUCAGGACUGACUGCCUGGGGAGGCCUGGACAGUCGGUUUUGCACGCCUGCACGUCACCCACCGUGAGGUCCUCACUAAAAUCCAGCAUCUGCUUUUGCUGUGUACAAACCUAGAUUGACGUUAGUAAUAGUAAUAAUAAACCACCUCGCUAAACCAUCCAGUAAUUGACCGGUGAAAACAAACGAAGCUAAACUAAAACGAAAACCCCAAUGGCCCCAAUGGCUGGUUUUCCUUCAAUUCGGACUUCAUUUUUCUCUACCAAAGACUGUUGGUAGAGAGAAAUAGUUUUAUGCUAUUUUGACACUUUAGGAACCAGGCAGUCAUAGUUGGUCUUGUACAUUAUGCUUUUACCAGUCUGAUUUCGGCCAACCUACCCUGUCAAGAGAAUUAGGAAGGACUCGGGUGUGUGUUGACUCUGAACCAGGACCAGACCCAGUUAAGUCAGGUUGCUUUCUGUCAACCCCAGGCCCCCCCAAGCUUCCUGUGCUGCCCCAGACACUGGCCAGGGUUGAGGGUAGUUUAGUGAGUCUGUUCUGCUUGGCAAAACCCAAAGGGCAAAUAGAGUUCAGUAAGAAUUACCGCCCAAUGUAAUAAUAGCUGAAGCUAGAUUAAACUGUCUAUGUGUUUCUUAAAAAAAUAAUAAUAAUGCAUUGGCUGCUUCAUACCUAUUGGACUUGAUUAAUCUUAGAAAUUUGGGGAUCCAUACAAAUGCCCAACAUAGAGUAAAGUGUUCUAUGAUUUUCUCCACGUGUCAGGGCCAGGGGGCGGGGCUGGGACCUCUCUUGCUCCCUGCAGGGUGGCAUCUAGGAAGGGGAUGGAGUGACUGAUGGCUUUCCUGGGGGACAGGCCAGUGCUGGUCAGCAGGAGGGGCUGCACAGCCAGUAGCUCCAGUUUCUGGUUUUCGGGGAUCUGCUCCCCCCAAGCUCAUCACCCAGCAAGCUGGCUGAAUGGGUGGAUUCACUGGAGAUGUGUGUUUUGAAACCAAGGGAAACUUAAUUUUAACUCCAAGCUGUGGCACGGUUCUCCACUUACAUUGUCUAGCUGAUGACAGUUACUUUGCCUCUUCCACUCUUACUGUUUAAUGAGAUCACAGGAAGACACAAGACAGUGUCUUUGUUCUCUUGUUCCAUCCAGGGACUCUCAGAGCCCAAAACUGCAGAAGGCUUCUAAUCUCCUGGGCAUCUUCAGUUUGCUUCUAAUGCCCAAAAUGGCUACAUCCUGAGGGAAGAUAAGAUUUUUCAGAGCAAAAGAAAUUGCAUACAUGUCUCCAGUCAUUUAUUUUAUUCCGUUCUGGAUAACACCGUGGAUUUAUUUGCACUGAGGAAGGUGGAGGCACUUGCAUGCUCUGUGUGUGUGUGUGUGUGUGUGUGUGUGUGUGUGAGCGCUAUGUGUGCACCUUCAGAGAAGGCACCUAGUUUACAACAAGGAGGUUGAUCAAUAAGGGAAUUCCAGCAUCAUGUCAUUCAGAGCAGGGCCAUCCUUAGGGUUCGAUGGGAUGGAUGAAUGAUACAUAAUCUUCUUUUUUCUUUGUUUGUGUUUUUAUUCUAUUACACUGUCUUUAGAAACAACUAGAAGUGUUCUAUAUAUAAAGAGAAUGCUUCAUUUCUUAUUGCUCUUUGAAAUUGAUCCCUACUACCUUUUGCUUCAAAAAAAAAAACUUUUUGGUUUUGUAUUUUAUACAGCAAAAUAUUUAAAAAGCAAACAAAAUGAGCUCUUAUUUCAGCCACCUGAAUAAUGACUCUGCCCAUUUAAUAACCUUCAAUGAAAAAGAAUAUAAAAACGAAUAUAUGUAUGUCUAUGUAUGACUGGGACCUUAUGCUGUAACACCAGAAACUGAUGCAUUGUAACUGACUAUACUUCAAAAGAAAGUAGUAGUAAUUAGGAGAAGAUGCACACAUAGUAUGAAAAGAAAAGGGGUGAAAAUGAGGGCCCCCCACAUCCCUGUUUCCUCUUCUCACAGGGGACCACCAGUAAUCUCCUGGGGAGGGCGGGCAUUUCCAGGAAAGGAAGAAGGGACGGGAGACAGGGGGCAUGGAGAGAGACCUUCCUUUUCAAUCCUUUCUCAGCACCCUGCACUUCGCUUUCUUAAGAGAUCUUUCCGUAACGACAUAGAAAGUUGUUCUUAACUCUUUCCAGUAGCCACUUAGGCUUCCGUGGUCCCCGUGUACUGAAAUUCCUUUGGUUGGUCUUUUACUAGUGAAAGUAGAGAGUAUUUCCUGUCUUUAUUUUUAUACACAGAUGGACUUCUAUCCAAGCAUCCUUUUGUGACUGUAUCUUAUAAAUUCCAACUUGGAAAUGGAGUUAAUGUUAAGUUAAGGUUACAUGCAUUUAACAUUUGUGUUGAUAUUGCCAGAUUAUUCUUCAAAGAUUGAUCACUGGAUAAACUGACCAAGAGUAUAAUGAAAGGGUCCAUUUCUUAGUUUUUGCAGCUGGGUAUUAUCAAAUAACUGUUUUUCCAGUCUGGUGAAAAAUGAUAUUGCAGUGUUAUUUGGAUUUAGUUCGCUUUGUUAUGAGUGAAAUUGAACAUCAUUUCAAAUGUUUUCUGGUAAUUUUCUUUUUUGGUAAACUUAUGUCCUUUACACAAUUU